UCCAAUUCAUGCAUGCAAUUGCAAUUGCAAUUGACUAAAAAUGUACAAUCCCUCCUCUUCCGCUUCCUUCUCCUCGGGCUCUGCCGCAGCAGAGCCCAAGUACAAGGGCGUCCGGAAGCGGAAGUGGGGGAAAUAUGUGACCGAGAUACGCCUCCCCAACAGCCGGGAGCGCAUCUGGCUCGGCUCCUACGACACCGCCGAGAAGGCGGCUCGCGCCUUCGACGCCGCCAUCUUCUGCCUCCGCGGCCCCACCGCCAAGCUCAAUUUCCCCGCCGACCCCCCCAACAUCUCCGGCUGGCAGGGCCUCAACCCCGCCGAGAUACAGGCCGUGGCGCAGCACUACGGCAACACCUACUCCUGCAGCCAGCCUCCUCCGCCGCCGCCGCCGCCGGUUGAAUUGGAUGACACCUCACCCUCGUCGAAUUCCGAGGGGAUGAAUUCCAUCGAUUGGUCGUUCCUCGACGUGCUGGAUUCAGGGAAUGCAGGCCGUGUCACGGACUUCGACCUUUUUCACGAGCCCGGUGACAUGUACAUGCCCCCGAAUCUGCCCGAGAGAGGCGCCGAUGACGAAUACGGCUAUGACACGGGGACUAGUGGUAGUGUGACAUCCUCGUUUCUCUGGAAUUUCUAAUCAGGGAAAAAUCAAGUAAGUAUUUAAACACGAAUUCCAUCAGUAAGACGUUUCUUCUCCAACUAAUAAGUCGGAAUUACGACCUACUAUAUGAGUGUGUAAUUUUUAGAAAAUGAAUACACCCACGCUUUCCGUUUAUACAUAUAUAGUAGUACUACUAUAUAUAUUUUUUGCCGGGAAGUCAAUUUGGGAUUAGUUUAUGGAGGAAAUGGAUAGAAUAUUAACCAUUUAUGGUUUGUUUAAGGUAGUAAGUACCAUUUCACUCUAUAAUCUAUGUUCCCGGAUUGGUAUAUCUUUUUUUAUAGUGGCUGAGUGUUUGUAAGAUCAGAGUAUACUGUAAUAUAUAUAAAAAUAAAAUUAGCUUGUCUCCUUCGAA